GGCGACCGCCCGGAAAACGACUUUCGGACUGCUCACGUGCGGUCACCUGCCGGUUUUUUGAGGUGAAGAACUCUGGUGCUGGAGCAGUUUCGUCACUCACCUCUAACAACUUCUGCCACUGGCUAUACGAUCAUUGAGGACCACAACUCUAUCUGAAAAUGUCUGAAUCUGCUGCAGGAGCUUCUUCUGACGACAAGAAACCCGAUGUCAAGCCCGACACCCACAUCAACUUGAAAGUUAGCGACGGUUCCAGCGAAAUAUACUUCAAGAUCAAGAGAUCAACUCCAAUGAAAAGACUAAUGGAGGCCUUCUGCAAGAGACAAGGCAAGACCCUUGAGAGCUUGAGAUUCUUGAGCGAUGGUGAACGAGUUGUCGCUGAAGACACUCCUGAUUCUUUGGAAUUGGAAGAUGGAGAUGUCAUUGAGGCUCAUCGUGAGCAAAUUGGCGGUGCUGCUUACUAGUUUCCUUUCCUUCAAGUAUCUUGAUUUUUUAUAACUAUUAUAUACGAGUUUUUUUUGUUUUUUUUACUUCUGAACAAUUAAAUUACACUGAUUGAGUUAAAAGAAAAGCAAAAGGAAAAGGAAAAGAAAAAAGAAAAAGAAAAAGAAAAUACUUUAUCUCGGUUUUUCCAAUCUAUAUCUUAUAAUAUAUAUUUAGCAAAUAUCAAUGUGUUUUUUUUGUUUUGUAAUCUGGUUUUGUUUUUUCUUGAUCACUUUCAUGCCACUAUUUCAAUCAAUUUUAACUUUGUUUUUGUUUCUUGCUUAUCACUACUUAUACCCACCUACAACGUGAAAACUACAAUCAACUCCCAAAUACCAUCAGUAGUACCUACUAAUCAUG